AUGUCAGCCACCCAUGUGACUCCGACCUCGACAGUCAGUUCAUCCUCCCCGGCCGAGACUCAGACCAGGCUCAGCUACCAUGGCGUCGACUGGUCAUCCGUCAUCGUUGAGGAGCGCGACAAUAGAAUUGUGUAUAAGGAUUCUCAUGGAAAUGCCAAGCCACUGGAGCACAUUCUCGUUGAAGCCGGCGUCAACAUCGUUCGACAACGCGUCUGGACUGUUGAAGGCGAUUACGGCAUACAGUACAAUCUCGAACUCGCGAAGAGAGCCACUGAUGCCGGGCUCCUGUUUGGGCUCAAUCUUCACUACAGCGACACUUGGACAAACCCUGGCCUGCAAGAUAUUCCCAGCGGCUGGCCCCACGACAUCGACAACCUCGAAGCUCAAUUGUCUCGUUACACUUCUGAGGUAUGCGAGACUUUUGCGGCGGCGGGGUUGUAUCCUGAAAUCAUGACCAUAGGCAACGAGAUUGUCGGAGGCAUGCUUUGGCCGACUGGCAAAUUCGACCAACCCGAGAACUUGGCGCGCCUUCUGCAUGCCGGCGCGAGCGCUGUUCGAGCAUCUUCUCUCGGUAACCACACCAAGAUCGUUACUCACCUUGCUCACGGAUACGACCAAGGCUUGCAACAUUGGUUCUACGACAUGGUUCUCGGCACAGGGCUCCUCGACGUCGACGAUUGGGAUGUGAUUUCGGUAUCCUUCUACCCAUUUUGGGGUGAAGGAGCGACCAUGGAGGCACUGAGAAGCACGCUUACCAGCCUGUCCACCCAAUACGACAAGGAGGUCCAAGUUGUCGAGACCAACUGGCCCACGCAGUGCUCGAACCCGGAAUACCCUUUCCCACCAGACCAACUUGAUAUUCCACUCACCCCAGCCGGUCAAGUGGAGUACAUUCAGCGACUUGCGGCAACGCUGAAGCAGUGGCCUCUUCAUGACAAUGGCCUGAACAAAGUAGUUCAGUGGGAUCACUACAGUGUCAAGGUCAAUGGUGAAAGACUAUUUCUCUGGUCCGGCGAGCUUCAUCUUUGGCGGAUUCCUGUUCCGGAGCUAUGGAGAGACAUACUUCAGAAGAUCAAAGCUGCCGGAUUCAAUGGCAUUGGACUUUACGAACAUUGGGGCUGGCAUGCACCAAACAACGAGACUCUUGAUUUCGAGACUGGCGCCCAUGACUUCGCAAAGGCUUUCGACAUGGCCAAAGAGAUUGGUCUCUACAUCGUCUACCGACCUGGGCCUUACAGCAACGCCGAGGCCAAUGGCGGGGGGUUCCCAGGCUGGCUCACCACCGGUGAAUACGGGCCUCUCCGCGAUGACGAUCCCAGGUACACCGCAGAGUGGACGCGGUAUUCCAAAGCAGUCGCAGACUACGUAAAACCCCAUCUGGUCACGAAUGGGGGUCCAGUCAUCAUGUGGCAGAUCGAGAACGAGUAUGGAGUUCAGUUCUUGAACCCAGACUUGAAGACGCCCAACCAAUCCGCCAUCAACUACAUGGAAUUACUCGAAGAGAACCACCGCGAAUGGGGUAUUGAUGUCCCUUUCACGGCCAAUAAUCCGAACAUGUGGACACGAUCAUGGUCCAAGGAUUACAGCAAUGUCGGCGGUGAGGCAGACAUCUACGGGCUUGAUCAUUACCCCGCAUGCUGGACUUGUCAACUCGCCCAAUGCCUGGCUGUCAACGGAGCUGUCGAGCCCUACACUGUCUUCGAUUACUACACACACUUUCAGGGGGUGUCCUGGACCCAGCCUUCUUUCUUGAUGGAGUUUCAAGGCGGCUCUUUCAACCCCUGGGACGGCCCAGCAGGCGGAUGCGGCGAGAACAUGGGCCCGACCUGGGUGAACCUCUUCUACCGUCACAACCUCGCCCAAAAGGUGUCGGCCGUCAACAUUUACAUGUUGUACGGAGGCACUAAUUGGGGCAACAUUGGAUUCCCGGAAGUCGGAACCAGCUACGACUAUUCCGCUCCUAUUCAUGAGAGCCGGCUGAUCGGAGACAAGUACAACGAAGGAAAGUUGUUUGGUUUCUUCAUGCGCGUCGCUCGCGACUUUGUUAAAGUCGAGCGGAUCGGCAAUGGCACGCAGUACUCUGACAACCCGGACGUAUAUGCCACUGAACUUCGAAACCCGGACACAAACGGCGCCUUCUACGUGACCCGCCAUGCAUACUCUCCAUCUACCGAGCUUUCUCAGUUUCGCUUGCGUGUUUCCACCGAUAUUGGCGACAUCACCAUUCCUCAGAACGGUCUCAUCACUCUCGAUGGAAUUGAGUCCAAAGUUCUGGUGACAGACUUCAGGAUUGGCUCUACCGAGAAGAAGGUGACGUACGCCACUGCCGAGAUUCUUACUGUUUCCGAUCUUGGCAAUCGUCAGAUCCUGGUUUUCUGGGCCCCUCGAGGAGAGGCAGGCGAGUUCCUGCUGCAAGGUGCGACAUCCGGGAGGUCCAUCAACAACAACAGCGACAUCCGCUUGACUCCAACCAAGGAUGGUGUGAUCACAAAUUUUGUUUCACAGAGCCAGAUGUCCAUCAUUCGAUUUGACAACGAUGUGCAGGCAGUCAUCGUUGAUCGCGAAUCGGCCUUCAAGUUUUGGGCGCCAACACUUAACAACAACCCCUUAGCUUGGGAAAACGCCACAGUCUUGGUUCAUGGUCCAUACCUUGUCAGAACGGCCUCCAUCGACGGAGAUACCAUCCACAUCACCGGCGACUGGAGCAGCGAGACCAAGAUAGAGAUUUGGGCCCCUGAGAAUGUUGUCCAAGCUACCUUCAACGAAAUUCCUCUCGAGGUGACUAGAUCCUGCCACGGUACUCUGACUGGCACUCUCGCCGCGACAGACGUCACGAUCGAAAGUGUACAAGCCCAGCUUCCAGAUCUUGGCGAGUGGAAGGUUGCGGAUGGCCUUCCCGAGACGGAAUCAUUAUACGACGACUCUCGCUGGACAGAUGCUGACCACACGACAACUCCGCACUUCGUUCCGCCUGACACCUACCCCGUCUUGUUCGCGGACGAGUAUGGCUACCAAGCAGGCAACAUCCUGUGGCGCGGCCGCUUUAACUCUACAGCGGAGAACAUGCCGACAGGUGUCUACCUGCGAGUCAUCGGUGGUCUCGCAAGCGGCUUCUCUGCCUAUCUCAACGGCGAGUUUAUCGGAGCUUGGCUGGGAUCCAUGGCAAACAAGACAGGAGAACUCCAGGCGUCGUUCGAGGCCGCCAAGGUACUGACCGACGCGGAGAAUGUACUCUUCGUGAUCCAAGACACGAUGGGCAAAGAGCAGCGCGAAGCGGCUCCUGACCCGAGAGGCAUUCUCAACGCUACACUCAUUGCAGCAGGUGGUUCGGGUGUUCCUUUCACCUCGUGGAAAGUCGCCGGAAACGCCGGCGGAAACCGUUUGAUAGAGCCGGUCCGCGGCACUUACAACGAGGGCGGUCUCCACGCUGAGCGCCUGGGGUGGCACCUGCCUGGUUUUGACCACAUCAGCUGGGAAUCUGGUUUGCCGGCUGACGGGUUUGAAGGGGCCGAUGCCCGUUUCUACAGAACGGUCGUUCCCCUCGAUCUCCCCGAGGGACACGAUAUCAGUCUGGCGUUCGAGUUACACACUGCUCCGAAGGCUAAGUUGCGAGCCCAGCUUUACGUUAAUGGUUAUCAAUUUGCCAAGAUUCUACCUCACAUCAGCAACGAAUUCACGUUCCCAGUAUUCCCCGGUAUUCUCAACUAUCACGGGGAGAACACCAUAGGACUCAGUGUAUGGGCCAUGGAUACGGCAGGAGCGGCUGUUGAGGUGAAGUGGAAGGUUUUGGGAGUACACCGUUCGUCACUGGACCUGUCUUUCGACAGCAGUUAUCUGAGACCAGACUGGGAGGACCGAAGCCAAUACGCUUGA